GUUUAAUUAUCAUUCAACCAUAUAUGAAUAUAGUCAGAGGAAACAGUAGCUCUCUGGGGCCAAGGUGAAAAACACAUUACCAACAGCACAUUGCACACAGUUACGAUAGCACAAAACGUUCACACACAAAAAAUAAUAUACCCCAAGACCCUGUAGGUUGAUGGUGCAUGGAAUAUUGACCUGGUCCAGCUUGAUCUUCCAAUAUAUAAUGCAUUUUUUUAUUUUCUAAGAAGCGUUUUUAGGUGUGUGGAAGACCUUUUAUUGGAGGAUUUGUUUUGGAGGGGAAAUUAAAAUGUCUCUUCGCUCCAGACUCCAGCUCAGUAGGUGGCGCUAACGCACUUUAUCUUGGUCUGCAACCGACAUUAAACAUUACCAGAAGAAGAAACGAUCCCAAAACUCACGUACAAGAGAAACCUGCAGAUGCUGGAAGUCCAAGAAGCACACACAAAGUGCCGGGGAACAGCAGGCCAGGCAGCAUAAUGUACAAUCGACAUUUCGGGCCAAAACUCUUCGGCAGGACCCUCCUGUUUACCAAAACACGUCACUUCCUAUAAUAAUAAAAGCAGUUGCUUUGGUGGUCGUUCCUCGUUCAUUUUUACGGGAUACACAGGUAAUGCAGUUGAUCACUGCUUAAAUCAUUUACAUUCGGUGACAACCACUGAUUCUGGUGGACUGGGCUCGCUGAUAGGCACCCUGUCGCCCUUCACUCUACACCUGCCAUAUGUUUAGCGCUGUCCUGGCCCGCCGUAAAGUUACGCAGCAAGAAACGGUGCGUUUAAGAAUGCGGCAGAGAAACUGUGGAACUGGGACGGUGAUAAUUUGGGAUUUCUCAGUCAAUAUUGGUCAAGUAUUUCACACAUCUAAGAAACGAGCCUGGCUGUCGUUUGCAGAGAAAACGGAGCUGGUCGGGGGGAGUGGAGUGGUGUAAAACCCAGACGGCCGUAUGCCUGCGGCGAACUGCUGACUCUUUCGGAACCAGCGCGGCCUUUGAGGUGGCGGUGACGGUUGGCUGCUCGCGCGGGCCUUUUCGGCGGGCAGCGCGAGAGCGAGACGGCCUCGAGCGGCGGGGACGGUCGGCUAGCGCUCCUCCGGGAGGGCAACUCGAAAGCUGCCCGCCCGCAUCCACCCUCCGCGCAGGAAUGGCAGAUAAUCCAAGAACAUUUGCCGAUGUGCAAAGAACUGUUCACUCUCUUCAUAAGAUUUCUGCAAUUAAAGACACAUUAUCAUUUUAUGAUACUUGGUAUGAGUUCUAUGAACAGGAUUUGAAACUUCUGGAUUAUCAGGCUCCUCGCUUAGCUUCAAUGAGUUUAGCGGAUGUCAUGCCUGAAGACCGUGAUCAGGCAUUGAUUCUUGAUGUAGCUUGUGGAACAGGACUAGUAGCAAUGCAGUUACAGAACCUUGGAUUUUGCAAAUUUCAUGGAUUGGAUGGCAGUGAAAGAAUGUUACAAAUUGCACAGUCUAAAUCAGUAUACCAAACCCUUCAGAAAUGCAUUAUAGGUGCUGAACCACUUCCACUGUCUUCAGACACUUAUGAUGCUGUUUUGAUUGUUGGGGCGCUAAGUGAAGGGCAGGUGCCAUGUACCAUUGUUACUGAACUCCAUCGAGUUACCAAACCGGGGGGCUUUGUGUGCAUGACCACCCGGAGAAAUGUUUCAAAUCAACUGUACAAUUCACAGCUGCAAGCUGUGAUUGAGAAAAUGGAGCAGAAAGGAUUGUGGGUAAAGGUAAAAGCACAAGAAAUAGAACAGUGGGAAAAGGCAACUUCUGGACAUGAAACUAAACAGGAUUCUACCUAUAUCCCUGGGACAAUCUAUAUCUACCAAAAAUCCAAGGGUCCUGAAUUAAAAAAAUAACUUGGGAUCAUGUUUAAAAAAAUUAUACUGAGAAUUAUGGAAGUCAAUCUUUAUCUCGAAUCAUCUGCUUUUAAUCACAGAAUUGUUGCUGAAGUAACAUACUAAGGGUGGACUAAAUGACUUUCAACAAGUUGUAUAUUCAUAAGCUACUUUAUCCUCUGCUGGAUCCACACUUUCAGUCAUAGGUUCUUUGACUUUCUCAUAUCCUGCAAGAGUCGGAAGAUAGCCCAUCUACAGACCACAAAGCCUGCUGUCUCCAACAAUGGCAGGCCUGGACGUCCCCAGACUGUGAUCCCUGCUGCCAACCUCAACAGCUCUAAUGAUCCAGAGCAGAUUCAAAACCUGGACCUCACUGCCAUCAAUGCAGUUUCUUCAAAGUGCUGACUCUGCAACCUCCAACUCUUGACUCCAAUCUUGACCUCCAGGCUGGGUCUUCACACACAGCCACUGGAACCCCUGUCUCCUCUUCCCACACCACCAUUCUGCAAUCUCAUCUCUCUCAUGUUCCACUGCCAGCUCUUAGGUCCUCGGAGACUCUAUCCUCCUCUCACCCCACCAUCAGGAACACCCCAAACCUCCCUUCUCCUGACAUAUGACCAACCCUUUUCUCCCUUCUGAUCCCAGCUCUCAUCCAUGUCGGGUCUUCACUAUUCCCUCUGACUUUCCCCUCACUGAGGCAGAACAUUCUCAGUAAGUGCCUCACCUUUGUCCCCCUGCACCCACACCUCAGUGAGAUUCACACCCACCAUGAUGCCGAGCUUUUCUUCCUCUGCCUCCAUCUCUAAGCCUACUUCUUUGACAAGGGCUCUCAACUCCAUACCGAUGACUUCUGUCUUCAAUCCUUCUCUUCUUCCUGGGCAUCCCACUCUGGUCUUCUGCCUGCUCCAGAUCUUUUUAUUGCCAAUUGCCAACAGAAUAUCAACCAUUUCGACUUCAUCACUCCUCUCUCUAAUUCCAACCUCACUCUUCGGAAAGCUCUGCUCUUCACUCCCUUCGUACUAAUCCUAACCUCACCAUCAAACCUACAGAUAAGGGGGGGGUGUUGUAGUAGUCUAGUGUACUUACCUCUACCUUGCUGAGGCCCAGCAACAACUCUCAGACAAUUGCUCUUAGUUACCCCUCAAAUAGGACCCCACUAAGGAAUGCCAGGCCAUUGUUUCCCACACCAUCACCAACCUUAUUAGUUCUGGGGAUCUCCCAUCCACUGUCAUAGACUUCAUAGUUGCUGCGCCCUGCACCUCCUGUUUCUACCUCCUACCCAAAAUCCACAUACCUACUUGUUUGGGUAGACCCGUUGUUUACGUUUGUUCCUGCCCCACUGGACUCAUAUCUACAUAUCUCAACUCUAGUUCAUUCUCUCCCUACCUACCCAUAGAAGAGAGAGAAGGACUGAAGCAGUUGAGACAAGACCUGAGAAGGAGAACUUCGGAAUGCAUGUGUUACGAACCCCGUAACUGGGUCACUUACCAGCAAAGAUAGAGAGAUCCGUUGAAAUCUGAUGAUACUAUUUUUAACAGUAUUUAUUAGUAAAAAUACACAAAAAUAAUAUCAAUGCAAAUAUACAGAUAAUAUACAUCAUCAAUACUAAAUCUAAAAGUGCGGGUAUAAUAAUAAUCAAUAAGAAAUAAGCUCUAUCGUUGUCUAGGGGGAUAAUGUAUUGUCCAAUGGAAAUAUAAAAGUCAGUCAGUUCAUGCAGGCUGCAGCCUUUGGGGACCGCUGGGUUUGCAAUGGUUGGAGAGAGAGAGAGAGAGAGAUUUUUAGAAACUUGCCGGCUUUCCUUUUAUGAUUUCGAUCCGUCAGUCUCUUUGGUGUGGCCGUUCACUUGUGGCCUCUCCUUUAGCUAAGCUGUUCUUCCGUGGCGAGCCCGCCAACCCAGGCAAGGGAGGACACACACGAGCCCCCACCGGCUGUCGCUAUUAAAUGCUGUCACGGGAUUUCUAGCGUUUCUCCUGGUGCAUCUGAAGGGGCCGUUCCCCAGACCCUCUUUUAUCCCCACUCACGGGGUCUCAGAUGCCACUCAGGGUGGAAUGAUGCCAUCCCCAACCAGCCCACAUUGCCUGAGGACUUCCACGAAGCAUAGUACUCAAUACACAAUUCCGUCUCCAAGAGACAAUGACCUUUUCCGUGGCUUUGUAUCGCUGAGGGCCAGGACAUUCCAAACAUCUCUCUCUCAUUUCCUGGGUCUCCUGCCCUGACUUAAUAGCGAUCUUGCGAUUCUCAAAAAGGAGGGUGGGGGGGGCGCAGGCGUAACAGCAGAAAGGAUAAGGAAGAACAAGCACGAGAAGAAUAGGAGAAAGGCUGCUUUCAUCAGAAACCCUUAUCAUUUUCCUGCAAGUGUGUUAGAAGGGAAAACUGGGAAAACCAAGAGAGGAAGUGGAGGCAUACCCGCAGGAAACACACUCAGAUGAAAGACAAGACCUGCCACUGGGGAAAAAGCAGCAGGAUUGAUUCAAUGCAACAGCCUCAGAAACCACUAGACGAGAAAGAGCCAACACUGAAAGAAGUACGAGAAGUCUUCAAGAAGGUGAGGGCGGGUUCAGCACCCAGGCCCAAUGGGAUCACAUAUAAAGUCUACAAGAAGUGCCUAAAGCUUCUCCAGAGGAUUUGGAGGCUGAUGAGAGUCAUCUGGAAGAAGGGCAAGAUCCCACCUUGCUGACAAGUGGCUGAAGGAUGUUUUGUGCCAAAAGAGGAAAACUCAACUGAGAUCAAGCAGUUCAGAAACAUUUCCCUCCUCAACAUCGAAGGAAAAAUCUUCUUCGCUGUUCUAGCAAGAAGGAUGACAUCAUUCAUGGUAGAAAACCAAUACAUGGAUAUGGCAGUGCAAAAGGGAGGGAUUCCUGGAUUCCCAGGAUGUGCGGAAUACACAAGUGUUAUCUCCCAGCUGUUAAAGGCCAAGGCAACCAAAGGGAACCUGACUAUGGUACAGUGCUGCACAAGCUCAUCGAGACAGCACUGAAACACUACCAUAUCCCAGAGAAGGUCACCAAGAUCCUGGCAAGCUAUUUCGAGAGCGUGCAGGACUACGUAACAUCUUGGCAGCGAGUAGAGAAGGGCAUUGUUACAGGCUGCACUAUAUCAGUAGUCCUCUUCGUCAUGGCCAUGAAUCUACUUAUAGAGGCUGGCAAAAGAGAGGCCAGAGGGCCAAAGACAAGCACCAAUGUCAGUCGGCCGCCAAGCAGAGGAUUUAUGGAUGACCUUACAAUUACAACCACAACACAUAUCCAGGCCAGGUGGGUACUCCAGGCAAUGGACGAGACAGGGCGCGAAUGAAAUUUAAACCUGCCAGAUCAAGGUGUUCAGUGAUAAAGAAAGGCCAACUUACCCAGAAGAUCACCUUGAAGAUCCAGGAUGAAGAAAUUCUAUCUAUCAUAGGAAACCCCAUCAGGCGCCUAGGGAAAUGGUAUGAUAACCUGAAGGAUGUCAACAACAGCAGACACCUGGAGCAACAAACAACAGAAAGACUGGUAAAGAUCGACAAAUCAGGUUUACCAGCAAAGUUCAAGGCAUGGAUCUUCCAAUAUGGGCUCCUACCCAGACUAAUGAGGCCAAUGAUGCUGUAUGACAUCGCCCUGUCAACGAUCGAGGGCAUGGAGAGGAAGAUUAAUGGGUAUCUGAGAAGGUGGUUAGGAGUACCGCAGUGCUUCUCUUCAACAGGGCUCUACAGCAAGUCAGCCAGGGUCCGGUUGCCCUUCUCCUCAGUUGUAGAGGAAUUUAAGGCAGAGAAAGUACACCUCACCCUCAAAUACUCCAAGGUCAGUGAAGCAGGAGUCAAGAUACAGACAGGGAGCAAAUGGAAUGCGGCAGAGUCAGAAGAAGCAGAGUCCCGACUUCGCCACAGAGACAUUGUCAGAAGAGUGUGUAAGGGCAGACAAGGCCUGGGAUGUGAGACAUUAACCAGUUGGAGGGCAGCCAACUCUAAGGACAGACAGCACUUGGUCCAGUAGGAGAUAAGGAAGAAAGAGGAGGAGGCUAGAUAUGUGCAUGCAGUGGAGAUGGGGAGUCAAGGGACCUGGACAAAGUGGGAAACAGAACAGAGAGUGUUGACAUGGGAUGACAUGGAAAUAUACAUCUUUUCAACUCCAGUUCUUACUGAGGGCUGUGUAUGAUGUACUACCAACUCCAAAAAACCUGCAGAACUGGGGAAUAACAGAAGACCCAAUGUGCCAUCUGUGCCAAAAACCAGCCAACCUGGAGCAUAUUCUUUCCUCAUGCCAGGUUGCCCUUUCCCAAGGAUGGUACAGAUGGAGACGCGAACAGGUUUUGAGAGCACUUGCCCACACUUUGGAGACAGAGAGGAAGAAGGACCACAAAAAGGACAGUCAACCAAACUUUAUCAACUUCAUCAGGACCAGCGAACAUGCUGCAGCAACAAACAAGCGCAGAGAUGGUAUCCUGAGCAUGGCAAAGGACUGGGAGAUGAAGGUCAAUCUUGAAAAGAAGCUGGUGUUCCUACCAAAAAUAGAGAAAACACUUCAACCAGACGAUCUACUAUUGUCAGAGAGUGCAAAGAAGCUCGUGGUGAUAGAGCUAACAGUACCGGGGAGACCCGAUGCCAAGAGGCCCACGAGAGGAAGCCCGCGAGGUAUGAAGACCUAUUGGCGGUCUGCAGUCGGCAAGGCUGGCAGACAUGGAACUUCCCUGUCGAAGUGGGAGCAAGGGGAUUUCCCGCCAUCUCAUGCUAGAAGAUGAUGGCAGCUUUAGGGAUACAAGGGAGAUGAGAACCAGGAAGAGAGCUGUUAACACCAUGGCUCAAGCAGCAGAGAGAGCGUCCAGUUGGCUUUGGCUGAGAAGGGAUGAUAGUAGCUGGAAGUCUGACCGUCGGGGGUAGAAGAUUGAUCACCUUCUGCUGUCCCACCAUCCCAAGGAUGUUCCAGGUUAGGGGAUGAAAUGUCUGGAGACAGGUGGACCUGGCUGUUGACUCGACAGUCCAGCAGCAGAAACAUCUUAGCUGUUUAAGGUAACACUUUACAUGCUCUGGAUCUUUUCAAUGAUUUCAAGUUUCCUGGCCCCCAUCAUUUUAUUUUUACUAUGGAUAUCCAAUCCCUAUACACCUCCACCUCCACUCUGUUUCUUUCUGGACACCAACCCCAUCCAAUUUCCCUCCACCACCACUCUCCUCAGUCUAGCGGAACAUCCUCACUCUUAAUUUCUCUUUUGGCUCCCCUACUUCCUUCAAACAAAAGCCGUAGCCAAGGGCACUUGCAAGGGUCCCAGCUAUGCCUGCCUUUUUGUUGGCUACGUGUCUGUGUUCCAUGUCUACACUGGUUGUCUGUCCCCCACUUUUCCCAUGUUACAUCGACGACUGCAUUGGUACUGCUUACUACACCCAUGCAGAACUCAUCGACUUCAUCAACUUUGCCUCCAGUUUCUACCCUGCCCUCAAAUUUACCUGGUCCAUUUCCAACACCUUUCUCCCCUAUCUUGAUCUCUCUACUUCUACCUCUGGUCCGUUUACCUUCUGAUGGUUAUUAUAAAUCCAUGGACUUUCACAGCUACCUGGACUAUACCUCUCCCAACCCUGUUACUUGUAAAAACGCCAUCCGCUCCUCUCAAUUCCUCCAUCUUCGCGCAUCUGCUCUCAGGAUGAAGAUUCCAGAACAAAGGAGACGUCCUCCUUUUUUGAAGAAAGGGGCUUCCCUUCCUCCACCAUCAACACUGUCCUCAACAGCAUCUCUUCCAUUUCAUGCACGUCUGCCCUCACUCCAUCCUCCGACAACCCUAUCAACGAUAGGGUUCCUCUUGUUCGCACUUACCAUCCCAUCAGCCUUUGCGUCCAGCACAAUUUUCCAUAACUUCUGCCAUCUCCAAUGGGAUCCCACUACCAAGCACAUCUUACCCUCCUUCCUACUUUCUGCUUUCCACAGGGAUCGCUCCCUACGCGACUCACUUGUGCAUUCAUCCUUCCCCUCUGAUCUCCCCCUGGCACUUAGCCUUGCAAGCAGCACAAGUGCUAUAACUUGCUCCUACACCUUCUCCCUCACUACCAUUCAGGGCUCCAAACAGUCCUUACAGAUGAGGCAGCACUUCACCUGUGAGUCUGUUGGGGUCAUAUAAUGUAUCCAGUGCUCCUGAUGUGGCCUCCUGUAUAUCGGUGAGACUCAGCAUAAAUUAGGAGCCCUCUUUGCCGAGUGCCUACACUCUUGUCAGAAGAAACGGGAUCUCCCAGUGGCCACCCAUUUUAAUUUCACUUCCCAUUCCCAUUCCUGUAUGUCAAUCCAUGGCCUCCUCUACUGUUGUGAUAAGACCACACUCAGGUUGGUGGAACAACACCUUAUAUUCCAUCUGGGUAGCCUCCAACCUGAUAAUGAGAAUAUCAAUUUCUUGACCUGGUAAUUCCACAGCCCCCCCCCCCACCAUUGCCCAUUCCCAUUUCCCUCUCACCUUAUCUCCUUGCCUGCCCAUCACCUCCCUCUGGUGCUCCUGCUUCUCCCUCUUUUCUUUCUUCCAUGGCCUUUUGUCCUUUCCUAUUAGAUUCCCCCCAUCUCCAGCCAUGUAUCUCUUUCACCAAUCAACUUCCCAGCUCUCUGCUUCACCUUUCCCUCUGCAGGUUUCACCUAUCACCUUGUGUUUCUCCCCCCCCCCCUCCCCCUCCCCCCCCACCUUUUAAAUCUACUCCUUAUCUUUUUUUUCUCCAGUUUCAGCCAGAAACAUCAACUAUACUGUUUUCCAUAGAUGCUGUCUGCCCUGCUGAGUUCCUCCAGCAUUGUGUGUAUGUGUGUUGCUUCUGCGUAUUUUCUCUUUGCUUUAUUCACAAGGGAAUAUGAGUAUACACAGACCUUGAUUCACAUAUGCAGAAUAUGGGAUUGCUUAAUAAAUAUUCAAGUGUAUUUGCAUUAACAGGAUAAUUAGUUAUACCACAAUAUUAAUUGUCAAUAUCUUGAUUUGAAAUGAGAAAGUUGGAAUACUUUGGGAAGUAUUGAUACUACCAAGAAAAGCUACCGUCUUUUCCUGAUCUUUCCUACACUUGAUUACGACUCCUUCACUAUGGUUGACUGCUAACUGUGAUCUUUAUUCAGUUCCAAAAGUUUAAUCAUUGUAAAAUUUGAUGCUUCCUAUAAAUGUAGUAUUUGUACAAUUAUUAAUGUUCUUAUAAAGUUUGUAAUCAGGAUAGCAAUGACCACUGCCCUCCUGCAUGUCUCCAGACCUGGACUGCCUGCAGCAGGCGUAUUAAGAAACUGGAAAAAUACCAGCAAUGCUGAUUUUGCAAAAUCCUUCAAAUUUACUGGAAGGAGAAGUGUUGUCACCUCCAAGGCUAACUUCUGCAGUAAUGAGCAAAAAAUAAAAUCUUGCUGGGAUUCCAGUUUAGGUAGCAUAUGCAGAGGGAAAUGAACAGACUACUGGAUGAUGAGUCUAAAUCCAAACCAAUUGUAUAUUUCCUGCUAUAGAUGCUAAUUAACGAAUUGAGUUUCUCCAACAUUUUAUUUUUUGCUCCAGAUCCCAACAACUGCAAUCUCUUGUAUUCCUAGUAAUGAGGCCUGAUUACAUAUUGUUGAGCAGUCAUAUGUUUGUAGGCCUGGCAACCGGACUCCAAACUGAACUCUCCUUGACAGCUCUAUCGUAAUAAGAGAUUGCCAGACAGACAAAAGGGAAGUUUAAAAAAUGUACUCAGAGCCUUCUAAAGAAAAUCCAACAUCAACUGACUCCUGAAGUCUUUGCCCAUUCAGAGUACUGAAAGAGCAUUCUGGAAGGUCACAGUCUGUGAAACAGAUUGCAUUUUCCACAAUGGCCACAUCAGUCACUUAUGAACCAGAAUGAAAGUAAACCAUUAUGAAUUCUGAGGGAUUACUCAGGAAAAAGAUUUCAGUGCAAACCUUAGAUAUGAACUGUCACAAGUCCUAUGAAUCAGUGUUUUAUUCAUCAUCCUCCCUCCCUUGUUGUGGCUGAACUAAUGGAAGACUAUUAAAUAUACAAACCCCAUUUCCAGAAAAGUUGGGAUAUUUUCCAAAAUGCAAUAAAAACAAAAAUCUGUGAUAUAUUAAUUCACAUGGACCCUUUUUAACUGACAAAAGUACAAAGAAAAGAUUUUCAAAAGUUUUACUGGCCAACUUAGUUGUACUUUGUAAAUAUACACAAAUUUAGAAUUUGAUGGCUGCAACACACUCAACAAAAGUUGGGACAGAGUUUAAAUAAGACUGAAAAGUGCACAGAAUAUUCAAGUAACACCAGUUUGGAAGAAUCCACAUUAAGCAGGCUAAUUGGUUGUAGGUGAGGUAUCAUGACUGGAUAUAAAAGUAGCGUCUAUCAAAGGCUCAGUCUUUGCAAGCAAGGAUGGGUCGUGGCUCACCCCUUUGUGCCAAAAUCCGUGAGAGAAUUAUUAGUCAGUUCAAAAGGAACAUUUCCCAACGCAAGAUUGCAGAGAAUUUAGGUCUUUCAAUAUCUACAGUAUAUAUUAUUGUGAAAAGAUGCAGAGAAUUCAGAGACAUCUCAGUGCGUAAAGGGCAAGGUCAGAAACCACUGUUGAAUGCGUGUGAUCUUCGAGCACUCAGGUGGCACUGCCUAAGAAACCGUCAUGCUACUGUGACAAUUAUAACCACCUGGGCUCGGGAGUACUUCAGAACACCAUUGUCACACAACACAGUCUGUCGCUGCAUCCAGAAAUGCAACUUGAAACUGUAUUACACAAGGAGGAAGCCAUACAUCAACUCUAUGCAGAAACGCCGGCGAGUUCUCUGGGCCCGAGCUCUUCUCAGAUGGACCGAAAGACUGUGGAACCGUGUGCUGUGGUCAGAUGAGUCCACAUUUCAGCUAGUUUUUGGAAAAAACGGGCGUCGAGUUCUCCAUACCAAAGAUGAAAACUUCCAUCCUGACUGUUAUCAGCGAAAGUUGCAAAAGCCAGCAUCUGUGAUGGUAUGGGGGUGCAUCAGUGCCCACGGCAUGGGUGAGUUGCAUGUAUAUGAAGGUACCAUUGACUCUGAGGCGUAUAUUAGGAUUUUAGAGAGCCAUAUGUUGCCAUCAAGGCAACGUCUCUUCCCGGGACGUCCAUGCUUAUUUCAGCAGGACAAUGCCAGACCACAUUCUGCACAGGCUACAACAGCGUGGUUUUGUAGACACAGAGUGCGUGUGCUUGACUGGCCUGCUCCCAGUCCAGAUCUAUCUCCUAUUGAAAAUGUAUGGCGCAUCAUGAAGAGGAGAAUCAGACAAGGGAGACCACGGACUGUUGAGCAGCUGAAGUCUUAUAUCAAGCAAGAAUGGACAAAAUUUCCAAUUGCAAAUCUACUACAAUUAGUAUCGUCAGUUCCAAAACGAUUAAAAAGUGUUAUUAAAAGGAAAGGCGAUGUUGUGGCGACCCAUUUCCUAGCGUAUCCGAACCGACUCACAAUUAGAUAGCCUACGGGGGUUUGCGAGCACAGAGCUUUGGAGCCUUUGCGCCAUGGGGGGCCGGUUGACAGAGGCUUAAAAGUGAGGCUGAAGUUUUCGAAUAAAGUUUUUUUCCUUCGACUGCA